AUGGCUUCCAAGUCCGAGGUGGACCGGGCGUGCUCAGACCUGAAUGUAGGAGCGCUAGAGGUACUAGCAGAGACGCCGGACGGGGCCAAGCUGCUCCGGACAGCCCGACUGACGACUGGCGGAGACGGUGCAGGCGAUGCCGGGGGCGAGAAUCUGACGGUGGUUCAUUUACUGGUGGCUAGUGCGUGUACUCUUCUGCAGAGCGCAGGGGAGAGUGGGGAUGUGGUUGGUCGGCUUGCGGCUGCGCUGCAGGUGGUGACGACGGCAGCUGGCGUGAGCAUCGACACCGGAUCGGAGCCGUCGGCCUGGACUCCGCUGCACUUUGCAUGCAUGAUGGGCGCUGGGGCGGAUGUGAUCGGUGUGCUGGUGGCGAGCGGAGCCGAUGUGUGUGCUCGUGAUGCAAAAGGGAAUACUCCAUUGCAUCAUGCAGCGGCAGUGGCGCAGGCAAGGACUGUCCAUGCCUUGCUGGCGGCGGGAGCCGACGGGCGUGCAGUCAAUCGGGCCAUGCAGAGUCCGAUCGAGUACGCGACGCAGGCCCUGAAGGAGGACGGCGCUUGGGAAGCUGCACAUGUUGAAAUGCAGCGAAUUGGGAUUCUGCUGGACCAGGCCAUGCAUUCGCGCGCGAUGGACUCGAUCACGUCACUCACUGAGACCGGCCGCCGCACAACGCCGGGCAGCAUGGCCGACAGCAUGAUCGGCGGCAAAAAGCUCGGCGCGGUAUCCCGGCCACCAGCGCUGAUGGCGGCCGCUGUGCUGAUGUUCCAAGCCGCAAGGCACUUUGCCCACGCUACCGUUCAUGCUGUUGCGCUCAAGGUCCUUGUGUGGGAGACGAUGACGCCGUUCCUCGACCAGACGCUGCGGAGCGCGGCGAGCGUCGGAACGAGCACGCAUCCUCGCGACCUCUCGUGGCCGGCAGUGAUUUUGCGCGGACUCGGACUUGACGCUAGUGCCGGCCUGGCCGACUCGGGCAGGCUCGCUGACUCGAUCGCGGACGGCACUCUUGCGCUAGCGGUUGUGCCGUCAGUGUUCAGCGGUGUCGUCACUUGUGCCGUCUUUCCAGUCAUGUCGUUGUUCUCGCCUACGUUUGGCGUUGUCAGUGGGGACCGACGUCCCUUGUACGCCGGCUUGGCAGUGCUGCAUCUGGGAGUGGGCGCGCUUUUGCGCCCGCUCCAGUUUGCAUUUGCGCAUGCUGCGCUGGGCUUGAGCGCGACGCCGGGCUUGCUCGCGAUGGAGCGGGUGACGGCGGCGCUGUGUGCGACCCGCGAUGUGGCGCUAACACAGCCGUCGCUGCUGUUUGAAGGGCUACUGCCACAAGUGGGCAGCACAGUUGUGCAGCUCUGGACCAGCAUCCGGAUGCAGGAGAGCAAGACCAGCACGGAGGUUUUGAAGCGCUCGUUAGUGUGGGAGAUGUGCAAGGUGGUGGCGGGCAGCGUGGCGUCGAGUGCGUUGAUGGCUGUCGCGGGCUACAUGUUUGGCGCUGCAGUGGCGGGCACACCUAUCUCGUUCCUCACCGCCGUCCGCACUCUCUGGGUCCAGAGUGGAGCGAUCGGCUUUCUGCGUCCGAUGGUCACCUACUUUCUCCACAACGCAGUGGCGAUGGUGGGCGAUUAUGCCAUGGUCACAUCGGUGCGGUCAGUGGCCGCACUUGUGGCGGCCGGGCCUCUGUAAGACGCAUGGGCAGGCAAGGAUUGCUAGUCGAGAUGGGACCGGGCUCGCUCGCCGAUGAGCGCCUGUUCGGCCUCAAAGAGGGCAUCGGGCCGGAGCGCGCACGCCACGACGGCGGCAUCAAAGGCCUCACGGGUAAACGGGGUCGGGCGG